AUGCUGCCUAGGCUUCUGUGUGAAGAGUUGUGCAGUCUCAAUGCGGGUGUAGAUCGGUUGACGUUCUCCGUUGUAUGGAAAAUGGAUGAUAAGGCCAAUGUAUAUGAAGAAUGGUUUGGUAGAACGGUGAUACGAUCUCGAGUUAAGCUGACUUACGAACAUGCACAGGACUUCAUCGAAAAUCCAGAAAAGGACUUUAGUGAUGCUGAAAUGCCUGAAAUAAGUGAUAAUGUGACGGUUCAUCAGCUUAAAGAGAAGGUACUGCAACUGAACUCUAUAGCAAAGUUGCUGCGACAGAGGAGAAGAGAAAGUGGCUCGCUGCAACUUGAUCAACCAAAACUAAAAUUUGCACUGGACGACGACAAUAAAUCACCCAUUGGAGUGUCCAUAUACGAGGCUAAGGACUCCAAUCGUCUUGUAGAGGAGUUCAUGUUACUCGCGAAUAUGGCUGUAGCCAGGAAAAUAGAAAGGCACUACAGGAAGACAGCGCUUUUACGAUGUCAUCCUCCGCCGAAAACCAAAGUGCUACGAGAUGCGCUGAAGCAGUGCAAUACACUUGGUUUUCCUAUCGAUGGAACUUCAUCAUCCGAACUCAGUCGUGCAUUGGCUCAUUUUCGAACUAAUUGUCAGCUCUCCAGAUCGAUUAACCAGGUGCUCUCCUUGAUCCUGAUGAAAGCUAUGGAACUUGCUCGAUACUUCUGUACUGGUUCAGUUGACAGUCAAACGAAAUAUCAUCACUACGCUUUGAAUGUGCCUUUCUACACUCACUUCACCUCGCCUAUUCGUCGAUAUCCGGACAUAAUCGUUCAUAGAUUGCUAGCGGCCUCGUUGAAUUACUGUGAACCUUCUGGAAGAACUGUGGAGGAACUGGAGAAAAUUGCUCAACAUUGUAACGACAAGAAGCUUACUGCAAAGAAGGUUAGCGAGAGCAGUGCUGAGACAUUUUUCGCUGUUAUGGUUCAGGUGAGUAUAAUUACGCGAUGA